CAAAACAUUUUCAUUAUGGACUCCAUUGACUUGUCAUUCAACAAAUUGCAGUCCAUACCAGAUGGCCUAUUCAAUAAGCUUGGAAAAUUACAAACUUUGAUGAUUAACUUCAACAACAUCUCCAACAUCAACAAUCGCACUUUUGAGGGACUUUCAAGCUUGAAGACACUCAUGCUGAUAAAAAACAAACUGACAUUUAUUUCCAACGGUGCUUUUGAUGAAACUGCUUUGCAAUCAGUUUUUCUUCACAGUAAUGCCAUCAAAACGAUUGGAAGUGAAUCCUUUAGUAGACUUAACCUGAAACAACUUACUAUCUUUGAUAAUCCUCUACACUCAUUACCAGAUGGAAUGUUCGACAAAAUGGACACCGAAACCAAAGUAUCGUUGACAUGUAAAAACCUUCUUCAGCUGCCCAAAGGACAGUAUCAGUCAGUAAUUGACUGUGCCCCUUCCACCACAUUCCAUAUACUUUUAACCGGAAAAGAAUUUGUCUACAUUGGUGGCCUGAAAAGUUCAGGCUUUGAGUGCCAUCCCUGUAAUCCUCGUCCCAGAGGCUCCGGAUGUCGUAACUGCUCUCUUUGUCAAGUUGGUUAUUUCAUGUACCUCAAAGAGAUGUGUGUCAAGUGUCCUGCAGGUGGUUUUUAUCAGGAUGAAAUGGGACAACUUAAUUGCAAAAGAUGCAGUAUUGGUACAUUUGUGUCUGAAACGCGACGUCCUGGGACAACUUCUACGGACUGUGUGGCAUGUCCAUAUGGUACUCUCUCCAACGAGACUGCGGAAUAUCGAGCAUGCAGAUGCCUUCAAAACUUUUAUCGGUUGGAUCGUUUUGGCCCGUGCUCAGCAUGUCCACCACACGGUUUUGUUUGUGAGAAGGAUACAGCGAUACUUGCUCCUAACUUCUUCUGGAAAUGGUCAAAUCAGUCUGAAAAAGAACUCUUCAAAGGUUUUGUUAACAACAUCCACUCUUCUAAGCCAGAUUACGACACGUCAUAUUCUACGUUUAAUACUUUACUUCCAAAGCCACUCAAAUGUCCUUAUGCCAAGUCUUGCGAGGGUGGAAUCGACUCUGAAUGCCACUAUGGGUAUAAAGGAGUUUUGUGUGCAACCUGCUCUAAAGGCUUUUACUUCCGAUUUCACACUUGCUUGAAAUGUCCUCGGUUAACUGUAACAGUUACUUCUUCCAUCCUGGUAAUUUCUCUUUUUGUUGCUGUGUUUCUAAUGGUUCUUUGGGGUGACUCCAAACGUGCAGAGAAUAACCGGACAGUUGCAGAUGUCGUCAUGUCGUGCUUUAAGAUUGUGAUUGGUUUUUACCAAGUCAUUGCUGGAAUUUUCUCGGCAUUAGCGAAAGUCCAGUGGCCAGUCAUUUUGAUCUCAACGGAGAAGGUUCUAAAAGUGUUUGAAGGGAACAUCUUGCAGUUUGCGCCACUAAGCUGCAUUCAUUCUUCCCUGCGUCUCGAUGAGCUCGGAAAGUUCACAGUGAUCGUUGCUUUGAAUGUCCUACUUGUCGGCUUGAUUUUCCUUUAUCUUUUCGUUAAAAGACGCUACAUUAUAAACACAACUGACCGAGCCGAAAGCCAAAAAAUAAGGGAAAUUAAGAGUUUGAAGAAAUCUUGCUAUCGGAACAUUUUCCUAUUGUUGUUGACGACCUACCCCACGACGAGCAAAUCGAUUAUUCAGAUUCUGCCUCUUCCUGGUGCGUGUGUAGAAACGUGUUUCUCUAAAGAAAAGCUCGACUGUAUCUUCCUGCUGAGAGCUGACUACUCCAUCCAGUGUUUCACUCCUCGCCACAGCUUGUAUUGGCUCAUGGCCUCUAUUCUGGCAUUAUAUCCCGUAGGAUUUCCACUUUUGGCUCUGUUUCUCACUUACAAAUAUCGUGAGUCCCACGAAAACGAAGCAGUCUCUUUCGGGCUCAGAGUGUUCUUUGAAAACUACAAGAAGAAAUUUUGGUUUUGGGAAGUCAUAGAGAUGUACCGCAAACUGAUAUUGAUCUCAUUGAUUUUCCUAUUUGGAUCUAAAAGCCUUCCUCAAAUAGGUCUCACAGUUCUGACAGUCAGCGUCUUUGGAGUGGUCUACACCUUAUUCCGACCAAUCAAGGACAAGUUUGAAGACCGCUUACAAACAUUUGUUCUUUGGAUAAUUUUCUUUGACGUUUGUCUUGGUGCAGUUUACACAAACUGGGAUGAGAGUCAAGGAGAGGACAAGAACGACUCCAUCUUUGUAAAUGUCCUGUUCGUGGUCCUUAACGCCUCUGUAUUGUUAUUUGCCAUUGGAAAGGGAAUAUCACAUGUGAAGUUAUUUCGCAAGUACUUUACCGUCUGCCCGAUGAGACGUUUCAAUUUCCUUCGCCAAGGACUGGCGCUUCUUAAGAAUAAAGCGGUCACCACAACACCUGAAGAAUCAUGCUUGAUCGAGGAUGGCACCUAA